AGAGCGGUUCUUUUAAACCUGAAUGCUGCUGACUCAUUGACAGAUUUAGAAGUCCAGAGGCGAGUGGUGUUGCCUGAUACCGCACACAUCAACAGAGUGGGCAUUAAAGAAGUCUCAGCUCCUCUUCAGUGCACUGUAUAUCCUCCUCUGAAACCACAUCGCUUUGCACAAGGCCGCACAAGUUUGCAGGAGACGCAGAUGGUGAAGAUGAAAGGACAGGAGAGAGGAGAGGAAGUCAGCCUGAGGAGGGUGAACCACAGACACUGCCAAGAAGUGAUGAAGCUGAUGUCAAGGUGCUCAGACUGAAACAAGACUCGGAAAUGAGAAGACAAGUCGUAAAUUCUACAGAUGGUGACAGAGGGCGAUUGUAGUAAAACAUGAGGUCUUUGCUCAAGCUGUAUAGUAGCAGGGUGAGCCCCUGAAAACGGUGGGAACCCCCUAAUCUGAGAUGUUUAACUGCAUUGGACCUGUAACGUUUGCAGAAGCGAGACCACCCACCGACCCUCCACUGCUCUCACCGCCCCUACUUUAAAGGAGAAAGAGGCAGAGGUAGGAAGGGAGUGAACAGAGAGCAGAAAGAGGAAGCAGCAUGUAACAAAUAUCUCCGACCUCAAACUGCAGAAGUUCUCUUUUUUUUAAAAUUUAAAUCGCAUAACGAUGUGCUCGGAGGAACAUUUCCCACUUGGACUGUCUGUGAGUGGAAGAUGACGGGAGGUUUUCUGAGCGUCCCCAUCAUGAGGCCUAACCACUGCUGGACCAUCCUGUAUGUGUCCAUCUUCGCAGUGCUGCUUCUCACCUUGAACGCUGACAGUGAAGAUUCAGACUGUGAAAUUGAACUGAGAGUACGACGCCACACAGUUUUUAAUGUUUCCUCUGGGCAAGACUUAAAGAUUAACUGCACAGUUCGUUUCUGCAACGACUCACCACCAACAGUCUCCUGGUAUAAAUUUGAGAAAAGUGAUGUUCCUGUCAAUGUGAGCAGUGGCGGACACAUUAAAACAGAGUGGGAAAAAGUAAAACAUUUGGAAGGAAUAUCAUAUUUGAUCUUCAAAAACAUUCACAUGAGCGACUCAGGUUCAUAUCAGUGUCGAAGUGGUCUCAUUAUGGGACACAACAUCAACGUCUCUGUCAAUGAUGCUGAUCUCCCCAAUGUUACACAAAAGACUGAAACAAUCAGCACAAGUGUGACAUCUGAUCCCCCCAAUGAUGACAAUUGGAUGUACGUGUACACUGCUGCUGGGAUAGUGGCCUUCGUCAUCAUGGUGAUAAUUAUAUCUGUGGCAUCAAUGCAAAGCUGUAAAGGGAAAUCAAAGAAAGAGACGCAAACUGAUAAUCAGUACAUGGCAAUCGCCAUGGUCGAGCAACCCUUCCCGCACCCCGGCCUUCAGGGUUCACCGAGAGGAAGCCCCGCUCCGCCGCCAUCUCGGAGAUCUACCCGGAGAAAGACACCGCCCUCGCAACCCAAUGAGCUGCCGUUACCAGGAGACAACGAGCACCUUUACGGCAGGAUACCAGAGGACAGAGAGAGACAGAGGAAUACGGCGGAGGAAGAGGGCUCUGUAGUGUACGCUGCCCUCAACCAUCAGCUUCCUCCUAGGGCCGCUGCUCGACCCCGGAGGCCGAUGGAGGAGUGUUCAGAGUACGCGGCGAUCCGUGUGAAAGACCGCUAGACACUAGAAAACCAUUGACGAACAUUUCAAACUGGUACAUCCUAGAGGAGCUCAGACAUCCCACCCAAUGUACCCUUUAAUGUAAGCGCUAAUAUUAGCAUCUCCACUAUUUGGUCAGUACUUUAAAGGCCCUGUACACCUCAUGUAUCUGUGAUAAUGGAUGCUCUUCAAACCAAGCCGAAACUGGCACAAACCAGCACACUUUGACUUAAAUCAGUCGCAGUGACACUUCACAUCACUGAACAGAUUAAAUGUACCAAAGCAUCAAUACCACCUGCUGCUGUUUGAUCAUUAGCUGAUAGAGAUUUAAUGGCAGAGCUGUUGCCCCAUAAGCUGUCCGCACUCUCAACCAGUACGACCAAAUGAAGCACAGCCAGCGAUGGCCCUAACAGGUGCAACAACAGAAUUAAGCCCUGUUUCCACCAAGCAGUUCAGUUUGCUACACAUGUUUUGGGUUUCCAUUGUCAAAAGUUGUGGAUGGUACCAAUAGAACCACUCUGUUGCUGUCGAGGAAGCUAGCAGUUGUUUUUCAGCAGUUUUUUGUCAAACAAAGCUCAUUUCGUUGUUGUGGGCUAAUAAACAACUGCAUACCGUGUGUGCAUGUGCAAGUGAGAGAGAGAGAGAGAGAGAGAGAGAGAGAGAGAGUGAAAGUGCCUAUUAAUAGAAGAGGAAAAGAGGAAAAGGUUAGCAGUAAGUGGUCAGUCACUGCGGUGGAAACCAAAUUUAGAGCGUAGGCACGUGUAGGUAAGGGGGUCUGAGGUACUGUACUGAAAGUGUCUGAUGGAAAUGAGGCUGAAGGGCAAUUACAGUCUCAACACAUCUGCAUAACUGUACCACAGGGCUUUUAACAUACACAAGAACGGAAGGAGAUGUCAGACAAAUUACCCAUGCAGCGCAGAAGCUGAGCAGCUUGAGUAUGUUUUGUUGAAUUGCUAACAUCGUGAAUUUUCCACCUUUAACUCCUCUUUAUGCCAACAAUUCAGAGAAAGGUACUUAUACUGGUUCAGCUAUGAGGUUGCCUUGCUGGUGCAGGAUUUAAGUCAUACAAGAGUCUGAGCUACCAAAUUACUGGUGCAUCAUCGCCCCUCGCUGGGAUAUUAAGAGAGCUACAGACAAUACAAGUUAUAGGAUAAGACUGAUGAUAUUCUGUCUUUUUCUUAUUGUCAACAAAUCCCAUAAAAAAAGCAUCCUGCUAACAAGCACCGUGUGUAUUCAACACCUGAUACAUCUCCCUCCUCUGUGCCGUUAAGCUCUAUUAUUGUCCAAAAACUUUUAAAAACACAUGAAUGAGCCACAUUGACGUGUUCCUUCAUCACCAUGAACACACGCACUGUAGUUCACAUUGACUCAAUCGCACACUGCUGUAAAAACUCACUAGAACACUGAACUGUAUUAAUCCGCAGCUGAAAAUAGUCCCUAACAAAUUCAGCAUUUACUCCUGUAAACAUCACUUGUUUUCAAAGCUUUACGUCUUCAGUAAGAACCCGUGUGUUUGGUGCUGAGUACCACAGACAAGAGUGUUGAGAGGUGGAUUUGUUAACAAUAAGACAAGUAUAGUUAUAAUCACACCAGCCUUGUCCUGUGUAAAUCUGCACCGUCUUUUAUCAAACUAAAUGUAUUUUUAUAGAAUCUUUGCAAACUGUCUACAACUAAUACGGAUUGUUUGUGAUCUGUGAUUUGUGGUUUGAAUGUUUUAUGUCUGUAAACUUGUGCUGUUGCACAUCCGUGACUUGAAUUUAUCUUGCUGAUGACAUUGCGUAUGAAAACAGUAAUGGUUUCAUGACCUUACAACUUGUAUCAUAUCAACUAUUGACUCAUUUUCUGACUAUAUGAAUGACUACUUUGUAAUUAUGUGUUUCACAACCUUUUAGAAGGAUUGUGUUUCUUCACCUGGUUAAUAAGAGAAUGUAAUCAUAAUCUCAUAAUUUUGUGCAAUCAAAUAUCAUUAUGUAUCUAUAACUGUUUGAUUUGAAUUAAGAUUAUAUGACGCAAUCA